AUGUCCUUGUCGAGCCCUCCCAAGACCGCUGCUGCCGCGGAGGAUGUCCCAGUCUUGCUCAAGCUCGUUGCGCAAAACGGCGCCGAGACGUUCAUGAAGGUCAGGCGUAAUACAAAAUGGCUGAAAAUCAAGAUGGCAUUCGCCGUGCAGCAAAAGCUCGACGAGCACGCCCACAGGUCUUUCCGUCUCCACCACGACGGUAUUCGCGUUGACCAUGCCGAGGCGCGCGUUGGCGAGCUCCCAGAGGACGCGCUGGAGGAAGCGGAGAGGGGCGAAGCGGUGAGAAUCGAUUGGCACCAGCGGCAAAUGGGCGGCGGUGUGCAAGGAGGUGUCUGA